AUGCUGCGACUUGCUAUUCUGCUUCUUCUCAUAUCUUCAUGUAUGGCGUUACUGGGCUUCCUCGGAAGAGAACAAUCGGUAGCUGUUACUGGACGACUCAUUUGUGAAGGAAGACCGGCGUACGAUGUAAAGGUGAAACUGUACGAUAAGGAAGUCGUGCUCGAUAGCAAGCUGGGCCAAACUCGCACGAACAGGAAUGGUGAGUUCAGGGUGUCAGGACACAAGAGAGAAUUCAGCACCAUUGAUCCGAAAGUGAACAUUUACCACAAGUGCAACUAUCGUGGAUUCUGCUACAAGAAGCUCAGCAUCUCCAUUCCGCGUAACUUCGUUUCGGAUGGAGCCACUCCUCGAUCCACUUACGAUAUCGGCACGAUUAAUCUUGCCAACAAAUUCAAAGGAGAAUCUAUCGAUUGCAUCAAUUAA